GUCACACUCUCGCGGACGCGUACUUUUCCCAAAACCAUGGACGGUCAACAAGCGAUCUACACGACGGACGAAUAUGGUCGACCAUUCAUCAUCGUCCGGGAGCAGGGAAAAAAGACGCGGACACACGGUGUAGAGGCGAUCAAAUCGCAUAUUCUCGCUGCGCGCACCGUCGCAAAUAUCGUUCGAACAUCAUUGGGCCCGAGAGGUCUUGACAAAAUUCUCAUAUCCCCCGAUGGCGAAAUUACUGUGACGAACGAUGGGGCGACUAUCUUGGGACAGAUGGAGGUCGAACACCAGAUUGCAAAACUUCUCGUUCAACUCUCAAAGAGUCAAGACGAUGAAAUCGGGGAUGGUACUACGGGCGUCGUCGUCUUGGCGGGUGCACUGUUGGAGCAGAGCGAAACAUUACUCGACAAGGGCAUUCAUCCCAUCCGAAUCGCGGACGGAUUCGAUAGAGCAUGUACGGUGGCUGUAGAGCAGCUCGAUCGGAUCUCGGACACCGUCGAGUUCUCUAAAGAGAAUACUGAGAAUUUGUUAAAAGCAUCCAUGACCAGUCUCGGGAGCAAAAUUGUGUCCAAGGAGCACAGACAAUUCGCGCAGAUCGCCGUCGACGCGGUCCUCUCCGUCGCAGACCUGGAGCGACGCGAUGUUCCCUUUGAUCUCAUCAAGGUGGAUGGCAAAGUUGGGGGUUCUCUUGCGGACACCGUCCUCAUCAAGGGUGUUCUCAUCGACAAAGACAUGUCCCAUCCUCAGAUGCCACACUCCGUCAAGGAUGCUCGACUGGCGAUCCUCACCUGCCCAUUCGAACCGCCUCGCCCCAAAACCAAGCACCAUCUUGACAUCACAAGCGUGGAGGAGUAUUCCAAGCUACGAGAUUAUGAGAAGGAGAAAUUUGCUCAAAUGAUCAAAAUGGUCAAGGACACCGGUGCCAAUCUGGUCAUUUGUCAAUGGGGUUUCGAUGACGAGGCCAACCAUCUCUUGAUGCAAAACGAGCUUCCAGCGGUGCGAUGGGUCGGUGGUCCGGAAAUUGAGCUGAUUGCUAUUGCGACGCAAGGUCGGAUCGUCCCUCGUUUCGAGGAUCUGUCAGCAGAGAAGCUGGGUAAGGCGGGUAUCGUUCGCGAGAUCUCAUUCGGUACAACUCGGGACAAAAUGCUUGUUAUCGAGGAAUGUGCGAACACGCGUGCUGUGACGAUCUUCGUGCGAGGGAGCAACAAGAUGAUCGUCGACGAAGCUAAGCGCGCUCUUCACGAUGCCAUCUGUGUUGUGCGCAAUCUUGUGGUUGAUAACCGUGUUGUCUACGGUGGCGGUGCCGCGGACAUCAGUUGUGCAAUUGCUGUCUCUCAAGCUGCGGACGAAAUUCCCACCAUAGAGCAGUAUGCAAUGCGAGCAUUCGCCUCCGCCCUGGACGCCGUGCCUCUGGCUCUCGCCGAAAACAGUGGAUUGCCACCAAUUGAGACAUUGGCCGACAUUCGAAGCAGGCAGAUCACGGAAAAAGACUCGAAACUGGGCAUUGACUGCAACGGGAAAGGAGAAAAUGACAUGAAGAAACAAUUCGUUUAUGAUCCUCUAAUUUCGAAGCGGCAGCAAUAUCUUUUGGCGACACAGCUUGUGCGUGCUGUGCUCAAAAUAGAUGAUGUCAUAACUGCAGGGGAAUCUGAAGAAUAGAUCAAUGUACACUGUCUCUGUAAUCACCUAAAUCAACCAUCUCUUAUUAGUCUCUAA